AUGGAGGAAAUAAAGAGAAUGCAGGUAGCUGCAGAGCUGAUUGAACAGAGUGGAGGCAAGGCUGGAGAUAUUCCGGAAGCAGCAACUGUCGCUUCGGAUUGCAGCUCAUGGGGGGUGAAUGCCCAGCUGAAGUUCCACCAAGCCGAGGGUGUUGCUUGGCUCAUUCGUCGUUAUGUCCGGGGCGUCAACGUAAUCUUGGGUCCGAAUCCAUGCUGA